GUCAAAACAAUCUCUAGACGACGCGACGAUAAAAGUUUUGGCCAAAGGUAUGAAUUUCGCUAUAACACCGCGAAAAAUUCCGUAUGAAAACAUUAUCUGUAGUGUUGAGGACUGUCUGUAUAAAAAUAAUAUUGGUAAAGAAGAUUUAGAGGCUAUACGUCAAGACAUUUCGUCCUUGUUACGUCGAAGCUCAGCGCCAAAAUUAAAUCUUCCCAAAGAUGAAUUUACUGCAUUAAAAAACUUACGCAACAGACCAGGAGGCCUACUCUCUUUCUCCGAAACGAAACUUCGUUAACGAACGAAAUUUAAACGAAGUUUCGUGUCUGACCCUACUCUAUAUCAUUUUCGGACGCGCACGCAAAGUUCGAAUCCAAAGACAAUUUUCGUGAACGAAUGGAACGAACAAUGUUAUGUAUUUUACGAAUUUAUUAAAAUAUAAUCGUGGUUUUUUAUGCAUAUUAUUCCAAAAAAUCUUACACAAGCAAUAAAUAUACAAGUUUUCGAAGAAAAUCACAGUGACAUUAAAAUAACCCUUUCAAUGACCGUUAACCGACUAAGUUAAGGUGUACAAUAAUAACAAACGGUGUUUAUAGUAUCGUAUAACAACCAAACUUAUCCGUAUUAUCACAAUGCUGUCUGUCAGUCAUCACUUGUGGAUUUUUUGUUUGCAUUCUUUGAAAGUUUGAAUAGUUAGUUUGUUUCUCAAGCUCAAGUGUAAGACGUAGGUAGAGAUUCUUUCCUGUGUGCUCAAGUGAAGAGUUAUUAAUAUGUUUUGUUUUUUUCUUUGCCUACUUUGCAAACGCGAUACACAUUCCCUGACAAAGUUUCAAUUUCAAGUCGCAGUCUUCAUAUGGGCGUCCUUUGGUCCACAAAGACUUCUAUUUGGUUUAAUUUGGUUUUAUAUUCAGAAAGAGUGUAAGUAAUGUUAAUUGUUUUGCACUUAUAAUACUUCUAUAACAUAUUUUUUUGUAAUAAUAGGUACCUAUAAUUUAUUUUCAUCUCAUCUUUCAGUGUAAAAUAAUGGCUCCACAUACGGGUUCGGCUACUCCUGAACAAAUUGAUGCACUCCUCAAUUUCCUGGACGAGCAUAGGGAUCUUGCUCGCGGGAGAUUGAGGAGUCUAGAAGGAAAAGUCCAGGCGAAGAGGCUGUGGGAUGAAUUGUGCAAUACGCUCAAUUCCAUGGGCGGUUGCAUAAAGACAGUUCAGCAGUGGCAAAAGGUAUGGUUUGAUAGAAAACAUCUGGCCAAAAAAGCCGCUGCUGAUUCCCGGAGGUCGGCUUCAAUGACUGGAGGUGGUCCAUCAGUGGCACCCCAACUCUCCCAUUCGGAAUUAAAAGUAUUAUCCAUAAUGGGAGAUGGGUUCGGUGACCGCCAAAUUGGAGCCAGAGUGCCAGCUUUCACUGAAACGAAUGAAUCCAGACCAUCAACCUACAGUCAAGGAAGCCAACUGCAGCAGCAGAGCCUGGACUUGCAUGUAGAAGUUGAGGAGUACGCCGACCCAAGCAAAGAAAGCCAGCAGGUCUACUCUAAUUCAACGAAAAACGAAAUUUCUAUCGAAAUUGAUACACAAGAAGCCUCACAAUCUGCACGUCCCAGAAGAAUACGAUCUGCUGCUGGCUCCGAUGUCAGAAGCAGGUUGUACCAGUAUGAAGAUGGAUGUGCAGAGAGAGAGACAGUGAGGAACACCGAGCUCGCAGGCAUCAGGGCUGCCUUGGAAGAGUUGCGUGACAUAGGGCGAGAUUAUUUAGAGUUUUUAAGGCAAAAUAGGCGUUAGGUUUUAAAUAAAUUUAUUUUUG